UCGCGAUAUCCAGGAGGUCGCUGCCUGAUAGGAAUAAUGGCCACCUUCGUAGCAAUGGCUGGAACGGGGAACAACACAAGGAGCAUAUCGGAGCGUUUUAGCUGACCGGGAAGACCUUCAAUUACCGGGCACCCCCUCCUACCCGAGUUCCAGAGCGGAUGGGUAGAGGGGGUCUUGCCAAAGGACACAAGAAACGAGAGAGACUCGGAGGGAAGGGGAGGAAAGCUAACGCUACCUUGAUAGCUAGCACUAGCUUGGCCAUCAACACGGUUGUAACUGCCGGGGAACAAACCCGAGUAGCCGGGACAACUGUGUGUCGGGGGGUCGGCGGGGGGGGGGGGGGAAACGGCGAGUAGACGCCGGAGCGUGUGAGCAAACAACCGGACUGUCGCUAAUAUGAGUGGACCGGGGCAGGACAGCGAGCCAGAGGCGAAAGUCCUUCUCAUCAAGCGGCUUUACAGGGCCGUGGUGGAGUCUGUGCACAAGCUGGAUGUCAUCAUCGGCAGCAAAUCAUCCUACAGAGAGGUCUUCAAGCCGGAGAACAUCAGCCUUCGCAACAAGCUGAGGGAGCUCUGUGUGAAACUGAUGUUUCUUCACCCGGUCGAUUAUGGCCGUAAGGCCGAGGAGCUGCUCUGGAGGAAGGUUUACUACGAGGUCAUCCAGGUCAUCAAGACCAACAAGAAGCACAUCCAUAGUCGCAGCGCUUUGGAGUGCGCCUAUCGCACACACCUGAUCGCAGGCGUGGGCUUCUACCAGCACCUGCUGCUCUACAUCCAGUCACAUUACCAGCUGGAGCUGCAGGAGUGCAUCGACUGGACCCACGUCACAGACCCGCUCAUCGGCCGAAAGAAACCAGUGUCCGCCACCCCCAAGGAGAUGGAAUGGGCACAGAUGGCCUGUCAUCGCUGUCUAGUCUACCUCGGAGAUCUAGCCCGUUACCAGAAUGAGCUUGCUGGAGUGGAGGCUGAGCAGCUGGCAGAGAGGUUUUACCAUCAGGCCCUGUCUGUCAUGCCGCAUGUGGGAAUGCCCUUUAACCAACUGGGCACACUGGCUGGGAGCAAGUUCUACAAUGUCGAAGCUACCUACUACUACCUACGCUGCAUCCAAUCAGAAGCCCCCUUUGAGGGUGCCUACGGUAACCUGAAGCGCUUGUUUGACAAAGCGGCCAAGAUGUUCCAUCAAGUGAAGAAGCAGGAAAUGAAGAAGCUGUCUCCAUCUCGGCAAAGAUCAAAAGACAUCAAGCGUCUCCUGGUGAGCUUCAUGUACCUGCAGAGCCUCCUACAGCCCAAGAACAGUCUGAUGGAGACGGAGCUCACGUCACUCUGCCAGUCAGUGCUGGAGGACUUCAACCUGGUGCUGUUCUACCUGCCACCUCCAACACACGGUGGUGCUCACCACUCCCCCAGCGAGGAAGAGGAGGAGCAGCAGCAGCACGCCGACAGCUCCUGCCCCAUGCUGCCUGACACCCUCGUCUUCAAGAUGGUGGUCACUUGUCUGAUGGUGGUGCACAGCCUGAAGAGAGGAGGAUCGAAGCAGUACAGCGCAUCCAUAGCCUUCACUCUGGCCCUGUUCUCCCACCUGGUGAACCACGUGAACAUCCGGCUGCAGGCUGAGCUGGAGGAGGCGGAGAGCCAGGUGCCUCCACUUCACACUGAUGCCACAGAUGACCUGGAGAUAAAGGAUUUGUCAGCUCCGCCGACAGAUCACUCUGGCGAGAGGCCUCUGCAGAAUGGCUCUCUGGAGCAAGAAGACGAGGAGGAGGCGAAGAAUGAAGACGGCUGUGAACGAGUUGGUGCCAAAAAGCAUGGUGUCACGGACGAACAGCGCAAGUCGGAAGAGGACAAACAGAAGCAGAAGAAGAAGUACACUCGUCUGUCUCGACUGCGUCGACGCCGCUGUGCUCGCAAGGAUGGCCGAGGGGAGGACGAAAGUGACCUAAGCGAAGGCUUUGAGAGCGAAGAAGAUGAAGAGGAUGACGAGGAGAAGCGUGGCCGCGCCGAUUCGACGAGUGGCACCACGACAGGAACCACCCUCAAUGCUUCCUCCAUCAGGAAGGAGACUAAGAGAGAAGCCCCGGGUGAGGAGGGCAGCUGGGGGAGUGGCUCAGAGGAAGAGGAGGAAGAAGGAGGAACGGCGUUUGACGUCGAGACCGACUCGGACAUGAACAGCCAGGAGUCUCGAUCAGAUUUGGAAGAUAUAGAGGACACGGAGAACUCGGACAACCUGGAGGGUCAGGCCAGGGAGCACCAGGACGAAGAGGAAGACGAAGAGCAGCCCAAGGAAGAUGGAGAGCGGGACGGUAAUACCCCUCCGACCACCAACGGGCCCCUCGCGCCCAGCGACGCCAGCAUCAGCAGUAACCUCCAGGCCAUGUCCUCGCAACUCUUCCAGGCCAAGCGCUGCUUCCGCCUGGCACCGACCUUCAGUAACAUGCUGUUGAGGCCUCAAGCCUCCUCCGGUAUUCCCACCCCAACUGACGCGUCUGCUCCCCCCUCCCAGGAGACUCCUCCCCCUCCUGGGGAUUCACCCUGCGACAUGAACCCUGGUACUGCCAACGGAACCACUGAACAUGACUUGGAGUCUGAUUCGGAGGGCAGCCAACAUAGCACUCAGUCAGUGCAUAGCGAGAAAACCCUCUUAGAGAAGCUGGAGAUCUUGACCAAUCAGGGGUUGAUCCAGGUGGUGAAAGUCUUUGUCGACUGGCUAAGGACCAACACUGAUAUCAUCCUCAUGUGUGCACAGAGCUCUCAGAGUCUGUGGAACCGACUGUCUGUGCUGCUCAACCUGCUGCCAGACGGCAGCAAGAUGCUUGAGGCUGAGCUGGGUCUGAAUGCAGAGCUGACACAGCUGCUAAGCGAGUGUGAGCAGCCCGGUCUGGUCCAGAGUCUACUGCUGCCCGAGGAUGUGGCUCUGCGACACCUACCGGCUCUCAGCGUGGCUCACCGGCGCCUGGAUUUCACUCACCGCAAGCCCUCCCUCAGCCCCCUGCAGGAGUGUGUGGUGCGGGUGUGUUGCAUUCGUAGUUUUGGCCACUUCCUCACAAAUCUCCAGGGCAACGUGCUGCACUUCAACCCGGAGGCGGGCAUCUUCACCAGCAUCAGCCAAUCGGAACAGGAUAAUCUGGUGCAACAGGCCAAGGCCCAGAUCAGGAUGGCUGAGGAGGAGGCUCGUCGAAAUCGCUUGAUGAGGGACAUGGCCCAGCUCCGACUACAGUUGGAGGUUUCGCAGCUAGAGGGCAGCCUCCAGCAGCCCAAGGCCCAGUCGUCAAUGUCUCCCUACCUGGUGCCGGACACUGCAGCUCUCUGCCAGCAUCUGAACCUCAUCCGACAGCUGGCCGGCAGCGGAUGCUUCAUCAUCAUCAUCCCACGGACAGUAAUUGAUGGACUUGACCAACUGAAGAAGGAAACUGCUGGAGCGAGGGAUGGCAUCCGCUUCCUGGAAUCUGAAUUUCGCAAAGGCAACAGGUACAUCCGUUGCCAGAAGGAGUCUGGUCGAAGCUUUGACAGAGAUAAAGUGAAACGGCAGGACAUGGAGGCCUGGCAUCUGUAUAAGAUGGUGGACAGCUGUCGCCAGUUAACCGUCUCCCAGAACAACGGAGACGAGGAUACAGCCGGCAUGGUGACCAUUCUUACCGGCCAUCAGGUGGAGGAGCUUUGCACUCGGUCAGCAGCGAUGAAGGCGGCGCUGCAGGCGGUGGGCUCGGCAGGCAUGGAGCUAAAGAACAUCAUGGAGUUCUACCGGCAGUGGAAGGAGAUCGGCUGAGAAAGUCCAGGGGGGGGCAGCUGUCGGUGCUGCGAACAGCUGAUCGAUCACAACACUCGCUCCCUCUCUCUCUCCCACUCUUUUGCUCUGUGUGUAUCUGCGUCUCCAAAGGCAACAAAAAAAACAACUGAAAAGAAAGUUGGAUCGAAGUAAAAGAGUUCAAGCUCAGAGAGCUGGAAAAGUAAAUACAGUGGAGUUAAAAAAUGAAAUAAGAUGGAGAGAUGCGGGCGAUAUGGCGCCAUAAGAAUAACAACAGCAGAUCUCCCACUUCCUAAAUCCUAAACAUAAAGAGUGACCCCUAGUGGCCGGGGUGAGGAAACAGUGGGGGGAUGCUACACAACUUUUAAGUGCCCCUGGUUCACAUCCUAACCAGGAAUACACUGUAUAUGUUAGCAAACGAGUACAUACGUGUCGAAAGAGAAACCCGCACACACAUAAACAUAAACACACUCACGCUCCAAUGAAUCCAUGUAGUUAUUUAGAGCAGUGGUUUGGAUUUCUGUUCCCUCCUCCCCUUCCCCUUCAGUCUGUAUUUGAGAAACAGGGUCAGGAUCGUGUGAGUCCGAUAGCUCUAUGUUUUGUAAAGUCCACGGUGUGUGACGACAACAACUUUGAGAUGGAGAGAAACACUGUCCACCUGACGCCCGAGGCUUCCGGCCUCCAAAACAAAACGGGGGUCUCUAAGCUCACCAGCCGGAAAGGUUGUGGAAGAUCAAUGUAAACUUCUUUGGAUUUGGUGGCUUAAUUUUUUUUUGCUUUUGUUUUGUUUUUCUUCAUUUGCAGUGUACUCAUGUGACCAGUGACGUAUGUAUUGUGCAAUCUCUGUACGAGAAGAGAAAAGGAAAAAAAACAAGAACACGACAGGUGUUGUCCUGUUGAAGGUUUUUAAUUUGGAUUUUAUUUUUGUACCCAAAUGACGUUUAUUUUGCUUUUUGUAAGCUAAAUUUGAAUGAUGUAUUAUGCGAGAAUGUUUAAGGAAAAAGGAAAGCGUCGAUCCACCGAACAAGAUCUGAGGAAGAAAACCGUGUAGUUCUGAUUUAUUUAUCAUGGUGUCAUGUCAGAGGGAGGAGCUCCGUGUUGUAGCUCGUCGCGGAGGAGGAGGCUCAGAAGAGAGCAGGCCGGCUGUCUUUUCCCCCGAGGAAUGUGGGUUGUGUUUGGACCCCUGUAAAACUCCUAAAAUGUAUCCCAUCUACAUCACCAUUUCCAUAGUGACUGUCCCAUCAUGCACUGUGCAAAAUAAAACCAGUAUAUGUGUGUACGGCCAUGCAUUGAACAAUAAAAAGAAACUCAUAUGAUGCUGA